AUAAAAUCACAUCCGUUGCCCGUGGUGACAGAAAUUGUUAAAAAUAUCAUUGCGAAAUCAAAAGAAAGUCACGCAAUUUUAAUCAAAAAUUAAUUUUUCUCUAGUGUUUUAUCGUCAAUCAAUCAAAUAGAAACUUUCAAUUUUAUUAAAACCGUCGGAAAAAAUAUUCCUAAUUUCCCUCUUGUCAAAAUUUUCCUUUUUUCUCGAUUUUUUCUUUUAAUUUAUUCAGAAUUAACUUUUUUUUUUUGAAAAACAUAAAUAUUUUCAAAUACUUAGAAAUUAAACCAAAAAAAUUGAAAACUCCUUCAUUAACCUAGUUUUUUUGAGGUUAUGAAAAUUUUCAUAUUUGAUAUUAUUAUAUAGGGGGGUUGUAGUAGAUGUAUUUUUUUUAUUAUUCAAAUAAACGCGAACAAAGAAGAACUUUGAAUAUAGUAUAUUAUCACGAAAGUUAAAAUAAAUUAAUAAUAAAUGUCGGAGGCAAGUAAAUCGUAUUCAGGUGAAUAUUGUGAUAAAAGCAAAUUCGAAGAAGGACAUUGUAUUAGUGGUGGUGAGAGUGAUAAAAUCGAUUAUGAAACGAAGGAGAAAGAACAGGUGGAUUUGAAAUCAGUCAAGAUCACUGAGGAGACCUUGAAACGAAUUUGCCAACAACUUUGUUUGAUAAAACUCGGCUUUCCAUCGAAAGUAGAGCUCGAUCAGAAAUCUUCUUCUUCUUCUUCGUCGUCUUCGUUUUCUUCGUAUUUGAAACUUGUACCUGAAACUUAUUCACAAAAUAGUGAAAAAGAAAAAGUUUUACUUUGGUAUGCCGAAAAUUUCCGGCGACAAUUCCACUAUAUUUAUAGAAAUCGAAAACCGUUGUUAAUGGCAUGCGACAAUGAAUGCGGAAUUCAGAAAUUUGUAUCCACAACAAUUAGACGAAGUACAUUGCCGUACCCGGAAUUGUCUACGUGGCAGGGAUGCGCAAAAUUUGUGAGUGACUAUGUGACCUAUGAGGCACCAAAGUGGCCCCACGCAAUGAAUUCAACACAAACAUUUCUCCCAGAACGUAUACGAUCGCCAACAUGGUUAACAAUUUUCCAAACGGGCAACAGUUUCGAGUGUUCCUCUCUUUUGGCAAGUUUACUAAUUGGUCAGGGUUACAAUGCCUAUGUUGUGAGUGGUUACGCCUCAAGGGAACAGGUCAAUUGUGAUCAAACAAAAAGACCAUGUCCUUUUUUGCCAAAAAAAGAUGAUUUAUCAGCACCUGAAAAAUUAAUAGACACAUCAAAAUAUCAAUUAAAACCGCCACCAAAUUUUCAAAGUCAAUUUGAACGUGAAAUGGAAUUAGAGGAUGAAAUGGCGCUCAAUGAACAACUACAAAGGGAAAAAGAAGAAAAAGAAUUUGAAAUUAGAGAAUUUGAAAAACCACUUCCAGACGAAUAUCAGGGACAUCGAAUUCAUUCGUGGGUGAUAAUUCUACCAGAUCCUGGUGGACCUAGGGGACAUGAAAUUAUUGAACCAUUUUUUAUUGAAUCAUCAUCGGGUGUUGCGUAUAUGCCAAAAGAUGAGGAAACAAAUAUUCUCUAUUUGGGAGUCGAAAGUAUUUGGAAUGACACUAAUUAUUGGGUGAAUAUGCAAAUUAACAGCAGUGGAUGUCAAGAAAUUAAUUGGAAUUUGAGUAAAGUUGAACUUUGGGAACAUUUGCUACCGGGUGAACCUUGGACUAUGAGAGGAAUUGAUGAUAUUGAUCAGGAGGAGGAUGAGGAGAUUUCUAUUGCACAGGAAAAACAUCUCGAUAUGCCUGGUUCUUAUGUGAAUCAAAUAGAAAUUCAUAGUCUAGAUUUUGAAAGACGUUAUCCAAAUGGAAAAAAGACAACUUUCUUCAAGAAAACAAAAGUUGAACAAUUUGCUCCCUAUUUCAAUGAAAAUGGUCUUAUCGAACGAGUAACAAUUUAUGACGACUAUGAAUACACGAUGCCAAUUUAUUGCUACGAAAAAUAUUCAAACAGAAAGGAUAAACUAAUAAAGAGCGAGAAAGAUUUGGACACGAAUAUGAUUAAUGAUUUUUAUAAAAGAGGACGUCCUGAUGCAUGCAAAGUGCAUCGCUAUUUUUCCCAAUCAAAUGACAAAGUUGAAGAUGAAAGGACAAUCGAAUUUUAUAAUACAGUUCGUCUCGAUGGUCUUUUGAGACUUCAAAUGCAUCCUGAAUAUAUGAUUGUCGAUUACGAGAAUCGCGAAGAUUUUCUUUAUAAACGUGAAGUUCAAUAUUCAACGGAAUGUAAUUUAAAUUCUGAAAAUUUAACCAAUUACCGAGAAAUUGAAAAAAUAACAGAAACAUUCCAUAGAAAUGAAAAAAUUCCAGCUGAGGAAAAUAUUGCAAUUAGAGAAUUUGCAAUUAAAGAAAAUGAAAUUCGACUAAAAUUUCAUUACAAUAAAGGUCAAUAUACAAGAGCGACACGAACUUUUGUCAAACCGUCAGUAUCUGAAAGAUGUGAACGCUUUGUUUUCAAGCGAGAAAUGGUUUUCGAAUACAAUCCCAAUCCUAUGGCGACAGAAAAAAAAUCUUUGGAUCUUUUCAAUGAACUACAAAUUCAAUUGGAAGAGGAGGAGAAAAGUUGCAAUCGAGUUAGAGAUGCAGAAACGGAAAUUAAAUUUUUCAUAAAAAUUCAAAAAGACGAAAUUUCCAAACCCAAAUUGUCCGUGUCAAUUUUUGACAGAAACAGAAAUGAAAAAGCAAAAAAUGAAAUUCUAGAACAGGAGAAACUGUUGAAAGCUGAAAUUGAAAAAGAGAAAGAAGAAAUCAUUGAUUUAUUGGCGCCUUAUGUGGAGAAAUUUGGAAAACCAUUAACAUUUUCAAAAGAAGAAGCAUUAAAAAUAAAGGACGAGUUCCUUAAAGAUUUUAAACAAACACAAGUUGAUCGGGCCAAUCGAAUGCUUCAUAAAAUUAAUCAAGGCAAUCAAGAACUUCAAAAGAUGCAGACUAAUUUAACUCAGGACGAAGAUAUAUCUAUAGAAGAAAGGGAAAAUCUUCGAGGGCAAAUUGACGAAAUGAACAUUUAUCUUCUUACACUGGAGGAGAGAUUGGAGCGACAUGAAAAAUUAAUUCCUGAAAGAUACAAAAAAAUGUUAACCAUCAUUGAAGAAGACGUGAGAUUUUCUGUCUUGCAAAGAUUACAAACACCGAAAUUUAAUAAUUAAAAAUUAUUAAUUAAAUUAUUAAUUAAAAAUUAAUUAAAAUUAUUAAUAAAAAUUACAGAAUAUAA